UGGGCGUGACCGAUGGCAGCGCUGGAUCCGCGGGAGCAUCGCGGUUGUUACUGAGGCCGGGGGAUACUGAGGGACCUGCGGAGGGUCCCGGCCGGUGGCUUCCGUCGCCCGAGCAAAGUUUCGAACCUGAGGCCGAAACCCGAGCCGACGAUCGGAGAGGAGCGCGGAGAGGGCGGGAUUUCCGCCGGGAGGGAUCCGGCCGCUCAGGGGGUGGGGCUUCCCGGACUGGGCUGCGUUUCCCGCGUGCGGGGCGGGGUGCCGUGGGUCCCUGCUGACACCCUCCGCGCCCUCCCCCAGGCGGCCAAGGAUGACCACGCUCACGCGCCAAGACCUCAACUUUGGCCAAGUGGUGGCCGACGUGCUCUCCGAGUUUCUGGAGGUGGCCGUGCACCUGAUCCUCUAUGUGCGCGAGGUCUACCCAGUGGGCAUCUUCCAGAAGCGCAAGAAGUACAACGUGCCGGUUCAGAUGUCCUGUCACCCGGAGCUGAACCAGUACAUUCAGGACACUCUUCACUGCGUCAAACCGCUGCUGGAGAAGAACGAUGUGGAGAAGGUCGUGGUGGUGAUUUUGGAUAAAGAACACCGUCCGGUGGAGAAGUUUGUCUUUGAGAUCACCCAGCCGCCCUUGCUGUCCAUCAGUUCAGACUCCCUACUGUCUCAUGUGGAGCAGCUGCUGCGAGCCUUCAUCCUGAAGAUUAGUGUGUGUGACGCUGUCCUGGAUCACAACCCUCCAGGCUGCACGUUCACAGUCCUUGUGCACACGAGAGAAGCUGCCACUCGAAACAUGGAGAAGAUACAGGUCAUCAAGGAUUUCCCCUGGAUCCUGGCAGAUGAACAGGAUGUCCACAUGCACGAUCCCCGGCUGAUACCCCUAAAAACCAUGACAUCGGACAUCUUAAAGAUGCAGCUCUAUGUGGAAGAACGUGCUCAUAAAAACAGCUGAAGGCAUGCCUGCCACCUGAUGCCCAGCUGCACCACUCGGGGGCCCCAGCCCAGGGCAGUGCUGCAGGGCCCCCCGACUCCAAGUGCUCUUAUCGCCUUGACAUGUGGCCGCCCCUCUGGCUGGGAUGCUCGGUCCUGCUUGCCUUCUUGAGGCAGCCUUCCCCGGAGGUUAGGGAAGAACGCAAGGACAGACACCAUUUCUCAGCAGCCUCCUGGGGCUCAGCCGGCUAACACCGUCCAUCUGAAAUACUGUGUUGUGAAUUAUUGUUAAUAAAGGGGCCCCAAGGGC